AUGGCACCUUGUGAGUCUGUUGUUAAUCUUCCAGUUGGUUUUAAAUUUCGUCCAAGAGAUGAUCAGCUAUUGGGAUAUUAUCUUCUUAACAAGGUUCGUGGCACAUCCUUUAUGUAUGACAAUGUUAUUCCAGAAAUGGAUCUUUAUGGCAAGAUCGAGCCAUGGGAUAUAUGGCAUGAAUAUGGUGGACGCAACUUAGCCAAAAGUGAAGACCUUUAUUUCUUCACCAAAUUGAAGAGCCUGAGUGACAAGGACUCCCGCGUGGCUCGCACGAUAGGGUCCGGGACAUGGAAAGGUGAGAACUCAGGGACCCCAGUCAGUGAUCCGAAGAAUGAGGAGAACGAUUUAGGUAUAUGGAAAAGGUUUCAUUAUGAAAACCCUAAAUCUGUUCAAGACGGUUGCUGGAUUAUGCACGAGUACAGCCUUCACCCUUCAUUGGUGAAGCCCAAACCAAACUCAACCGAUCAGUUUGUGCUGUGCCGGAUUCGAAAGAAUGACAAGGGGAAGAGAAAGUUGAGAACUGCAGAAGAGGAUAAUGAAACUGACAAUCCAGUACAAUCUCAAAAUAAGAGGCAAAGGCCGCAACAAGUGACUAGCUUUGAGGAAUUUAUUGGUAAUUGCACUCCCAUGUCUGAGGCUACUGGAAUUGGUGGGAGUGUUUCAUACUUGCCAACUGGACUCACUCAAUCUCAGCCGGACAGCUCUUUUGCAUACCCAACAACUGUGGUCUCUUCCCAAGCUAGGGAAAACUAUACUGAUGACGUCAGCCAAUUUCAUGGUGGCAGUGAUGGCGAUGCCCUAAUGAGCGAUUUCUCACAUUUGGACACCGCACCACCAUUCACGGAACAAGCCUUGGGAUCAGUUUGUAACCAAGAGAGGGCGUCAGAUGUUUAUGAGGCUCAACAAGGCCUGGGCCUCAUUGACAAUAAUAUUGGACAUUGGCCUAAUCCAUUUGGUAGUGAAGAAGACCAAGUCAAUGUGUUCGACUUCUGGAUGGAUUAUGAUUUACUCAACCACUUGAUCGACUAUGAUGAUGAUAAUGAUGGUCCGCGGCAAUCUUCCACAGCACAGUUUAUGGGAAUGGGAAUGGAGAAGACUUCUACUGCAAGUAGUGAAGCUAAUGUGGUCAUCAUAGAUUGACCAAUUAAGUCAUGUACAUGUUCCACGUUUACAAUCAAUUCAUCUUUUUCUUCAUUGGGUUGAAAUUAGAUUAAAUUUAUGUAUGUUUCUACGAACAAUAUAUAGCCGGAUCACUUCGCUGUCUGUCAUGAAAAGUUUCGAGAUCAAAAAUGCAAUUAGCCAAAUAUACACACUUUAGAGAUCUUACUCUGUUAAUUUGUCCAGGGAUCACUUUGGUGUCUGUUAUCAGAUAUAAGCGGCCAAUUUUUCUUUUUCUUUUUCUUUUUUUUUUUUUUUUUUUAAAGUGAUGUUGUUGAAGUUUUUGAGAUCAAAAGCCUUAUUGUUUGAGCUUUGGAAACAAAAGUUAUUUUAUAUCAGGAGAUUUAUUUUACUCUGGAGUUAUCAAAGGGGGCC